UUCCCACUAUUCCUGAAAUAGUCGAAUCUGACACGCGAAGAGAAACAUUUCAUCGAAACCAUCGCCUUACUUUCUCUCGUCAACAGACAUUGGAAGCGGUCACAAAAUGGCGUCUAAUGGUGAAUGGAAGGUAAACGUGCCCGAGGGGACUUUAGUCAUAGAGCCGACGGUAUCCAAAAGAAUGUACAUACAACUACAAGGAAAAAUACUAAAAAGCUUGAAGCGUAUCGGAAACUUUUGGGUUAAGGCUAAGAACAUUGCAACAAGUGAUCCAAGGAAAGUGAUUCAUGGUGUGAAAGUAGGCAUGGCUCUAUCUUUGGUCUCGCUUUUCUAUUACAUGAGACCACUCUAUGAUGGUGUAGGCGGGAAUGCCAUGUGGGCGGUCAUGACAGUUGUUGUGGCUUUCGAGUACUCUGUCGGCGCAACCAUUGCUAAAUCGUUUAAUCGAGCAAGUGCCACUAUUCUAGCGGGCUCUAUAGGGGUCGGUGUGCACUGGAUCGCUAACCAAUGUGGCGAAGAACUUGAACCCGUGAUUCUUCAAGCUUCAGUAACCAUUCUAGCCGCAGCAGCUACCUUCUCAAGAUUCAUACCAUCUGUGAAAGCUCGGUUUGAUUACGGAGUCAUGGUAUUCAUCCUCACCUUUAGCUUUGUGUCGGUGUCGGGUUACCGAGUGGAGAAAUUGUUAGAACUAGCGAGAAACCGAGUGUCCACCAUCGCAAUUGGAACCUCCAUUUGCAUUUUCACAAGCAUGCUUUUCUAUCCGGUUUGGGCCGGCAACGAGCUUCAUAACCUCGUAUAUAAAAACCUAGAAAGACUUGCGGAUUCCUUGGAUGGUUGUGUAACGGAGUAUUUCAAAGACAGCAACGAAGAUCGCGGUAGAAAACACGAGGGUUACAAAUUCGUGCUUAAUUCAAAGGCUGGUGAAGAAGUUAUGGCCAAUAUGGCUCGAUGGGAGCCUCCGCAUGGGCGUUUCAAGUUUAGACAUCCAUGGAAACAAUACCUCAAAGUUGGAGCCUCGAUGCGUAGUUGUGCUUACUGCAUUGAAACCCUAAGCGGUUUCAUCAAUUCCGAAGUUCAAGCACCGGAGUUGCUAAAGAAACAUAUGAAAGAAGUAUGCAUGACGCUAAGCUCAAGCUCAUCAAACGUCUUGAAAGAAUUAGCUACGACAACUAAAACCAUGACAAAAUCAACUAAAACACACCUUUUCGUGCAAGAGAUGAACUUUGCGGUUCAAAGUUUCAAAAACGCGUUCAAAGAUCUGUCGAAGCAAGCACUUAUAUUGACUGAACAUGAGGCGGGUGAAGAAAAGUCAACAGAAGGAACGAAAACCGUCCCAAUAAUCGCGAUCUUUCCUAUAGCCACAAUGGCAACAUUGUUGAUAGAGAUUAAAGAGCGGGUUGAAAGCAUUGUUACGGAAGUAGAAAACAUGGCAGCACAAGCGGAAUUUGAAAUCGAAAACAAACCAUCAAAGUGUGAUCAAGAUCUCAAGUAAUCGAUAUGUACGGUUUUAGGGUCAAAACAUUUCAAAACGUACGGUUUUUUUAACAGAAAUUUCAUCUUCAUAUGUCACAUUUCACCAUAGAUAAUAGCAUAAGUUCUCAAUGUCCACAAAGAAACAAAAAAAGCAAAUAAACUUCAUACCAAUCAUGGAUCAAAUCUGCAAAUGUAGUAAUGUUCGGUUAACGAUCAAGAUGAUUUCUUUACCUUA